AUGAUAGGUACCAAUGGCAAGAGUUUUCCCGGCGAAAAGAAGGUCUUGCCGGUGACGGUCUCAUACCUUACCGCUGGUGAGCCGGUGGACGUCUUCCAUCGCUAUUGCCAGGACCCCAAUGGCUACUUCAUGGCACAGACGGGUGCUUCGGGCCUCCUCCAUCCGAGCAUCGGAAAGACUGAUGCAUGGACCACCGCCGUGGUGAACGAACACUGGGAUGCUCAAUACUACAAUCCCCAGGACUACAACACGUGGGUUCAGAUCCGAUGGACGCAUCCUACAUGGUACAACAGAAGGGGACAUCGCCUGGAUGUCAAAAACCCCAGCAUGGUGACACAAAGAGUGAUGCCCGAGCAGAUACGCCAACGAGGAAAGCCAUCGGAGGCGCAGCAGCAGCCACGGCUUUCUUUGUUGCACGUGCGAUGGGGUGGGCAGCAGCCGGUGAAUCCCGUCACAGAGGGUGCCGGUGGUUGGGGGAAGAUCGGAUCCACACCAUCAGAUAACUACAUCAACUCUUGGGAGGACAGCGUCUUCCGGGCUUUGGGGCCCAACUACGAAGUAGUCUCCGUCUUCUUCCAGAACUCGGAGGAGCUGUCCAAACUCUGUCCUCCGCUCUUGAAGACAUUGCUCAGAGGAGAGCAUGUCGGAGCGCUCUACUUCAUGUGGCCCAUUGCCUUCCAGGAUGGACACGAAACGCCGGCGUACGUGCAGCGGGAAAAGCAGCUUGACAUGAUGGUCAAUAUGGAGGCCGCUGGCAUCCCAACGCGCUUUCCCCACCAGUCACACUUGUACAAGGUGUUUGCAUCGAAGGAGUGGACCAGCCAGAUGUGCCUGCAUCCGCUCCUACAUGUGCCACUAACCACAAUGGUAGCGCGGCAGGCGAUUGUGACGGAUCCAGCUGGUGCAGCCUCGGACGCGAUGAAAGCUUUGAACAAUUUGGCCGAGGCUCGCCACAGUUGGAAUGCUCAGCUUGCGCAGCCCCCCAAGGCAAAGCGUGUAGUUAAAGGGGUUGCCAAGCUGGGAUGGAGCUGGGAAGCCAUGGAUGUAACUGCCUGGAAAAACAAGGAGGAGCUCGAGAUGGCUCUCUGUGAGCUGAGCGAGCAACCCGGAAAUCUCUGCGACCAGAUCUUUGUGCAGGAAUGGCUCGACUUCGACGUUGAAAUGCGACACUUCAUUGUCGAGGCAAACUACGAUGACCCGCAGACCUGGAAGCCGAAGCAAAUUGUUUACACUGUCUUCAAAUCCAAGGAAGACAACUCGUUUCGAAAUUUUGACAGGUACGACCGACUGGGCUGCCUGGGCAAAUGCUUCCAGAAUGAUGACGCUGCUCUGGCAGAUGCAGAGCGUCAGGCUGAGGCCCUCAUCGCCAGGUGGAUUCAGUGGCUUCAAGCUCAAAGUCAUCAACUCCCUGUCGUAGUCAGAAUGGAUAUCGUGGCGAAGCGCACGGGUCCUGGCAAAGCUGUCGUCCACACUGGAGAACUUACUGAACUCGGAGCCUGCUUCUUGGGCUGGGCGAAAGGUGGUUUUCCCCGCCAUGCUCCGGUCCUGUUUCAAGGAAGACGUGCAGAUGGAGCUGUGGUGAUUAGUCCAUCUGGUUUCGUGCAGCUUCUGCUGUGCGAUUUUGUUUUGUUAAAUGCAUUGACGAGUGCACGGAAGAAGUACGGACGGCUGAGCGCCGUGACCUUAGACCUUGGCUCCCUGAGUUGGUAUUGCAUCCCUCCCCUGGCCACAAUCGAGCAUGAGCCGAAACGUGUGGGUGUGCUUGGCUCUGCUGUUGCUGUCCUUCGAAGGAGGUUGGACUCGCAAAAUGGGUUGUUGGAGAGGAUGUGGGACACGGCGGCACAUGUUGCAGAGAGCCCUGCCGCAAUAGACGCAAUCUCUGAUGUUGCGUCGACCCGGCUUGCCAUCAUGAGCACAUGGGCGGAGGAGGAUGCGGCAGUGGAGGUUGACAUGGACACGUCACCGUCAUCGCCGGUCUCGACUUUGGAGGCGAACGAGGACGUUGCCGUGGACACAGAUGCCUCGGCAUCGGCCUGGACUUUGGAGGAGCUCGAGCAACAAGCGAAAGAUUUGGCAUCGACCGAGGAGUUCGAGCAACGAGCGAAAGAUUCGACAUUGAUCCAGGAGGACAUGGCCGUGGACACAGACGCAUCAACUUCGGCCGCGACGGAGGAGCUCGAGCAACAAGCGGAAGCAACGACGUCGACCCAGGACGUGGAAACGAACGCGGCGCAAGAAGAGGAAAUAGCCACAACAACGUCGGGCAUGCAGGAGCUGCAGUCAAACGAGGCAAAGCCGCCCUUGGCAGCGCCCCCACCGGCAAAGGCCCAGCCGCAGCUGGCACACUUGGCGGCAGAGGCCGGCGCAAAGCUCGAAUCGGAGUUGCAAGCCGACUUCAACCACGCUCACGAGGCAAGCGGCAAGUACAGGGCUGCUCAGACCGAGAUCGCAAAGGAACUGAAAGCUCUCAGCAAUGGCACCCAGAACUUGCAGGCUCAGAUCCCUGCAGAACAUGCUCCUCUCUUGACGAAGAUCGAGAAGGUGCUGCAGCCGACAGCAACCACAGUUCAGGACGACCGCACAACCACACUGCCUCCGGAG